AUGUACCGCUACGUGCUGCGCAGCACUGUCUAUCUCGGCAGCUCAACAAAGUACAUAUCCAGGGCCUUGGGAGGACUACGACUACGUCACCUAUUUCCCCAAAUUAUUCCCGCACUACCAGCAUGCCACAAGAUUGUUUCCGCCAAUGGACAGAAUUACAGGCGACGAGAUAUGCUCAGGGAGACCAAGUCUUAUAUCUGA